CCAUCCUAUGCGAGCUGCAACGCACGCCGAGCAUAUCGAGUUUGUUAUCGCGGUAUUUGUACAUGGUGGUAUACGCAUGUCGUUCCUGCCGGCGUCAUGCAAGCCAGAACAAGAUACAGUGUUGUGUUAGUCAGUUCUGUCGUAUUGUUUCUAGUUUAUCGACAGUGGCUUCAGGGAAGUGUGCCCGGCCAUGGCCAAAACCUCAAUGAGAAUAUAAAAUUACAGUAUGAUCACUUACACACCUAUGUCACAUGGACUGAAAGAGACAGUUCCGAAUAUGAAUACGACCUCCAUGCUUCUCCAAAGCAGAGACGUCAAUCUAGGACAAAUCUGUACAAGAAUCGCAAAUGCCGCAUGGACACAUGCUUUGACCAAGCAAAAUGUAGCGAUACUUUCAAGGUGUACGUUUAUCCAGUCAGGAAAAUAAGUGAGAGCUAUUCAAAGAUCCUGACAUCUAUUCGGAAUUCUAGGUAUUUUACAUCAAACCCAGAUGAAGCUUGUGUUUUUGUACCAUCCAUAGACACGCUUGAUAGAGAUAUACUUAGCCAUGAAUAUGUGACUGAUGCUCAGUCGAAAUUGACUAAGCUACCGUACUGGAAUGGAGGCAGGAAUCAUCUGAUUUUCAAUCUGUAUUCAGGCACUUGGCCCGAGUAUUCAGAGGAUCUUGGUUUUGAUAUAGAGCAGGCAAUUUUAGCCAAAGCAAGUUUCACCAAGCAAAGCUUUCGUCGGAUUGACAUUUCUUUGCCAUUGUUUGGAAAAUCUCAUCCACAGAAAGGAGGACCCCGCGGUGAUCUCCAAACAAAUAACUUUCCAGUGAUAAGGAAGUUCUUACUGGCAUUUAAAGGGAAACGAUAUCUUAGCGGCAUAGGGUCUGACACAAGAAAUGCCCUAUACCAUCUUCACAAUGGCUACGACAUAAUUUUGUUAACAACAUGCAGACAUGGAAAAGACUGGCAGAAAAUUAAAGAUGUGAGAUGUGAUCGUGAUAAUGCCGAGUAUGAAAAGCAUGACUAUCAGAUUUUGCUGCACAAUUCUACUUUCUGUCUUGUGCCAAGAGGACGUCGCCUCGGGUCUUUUCGGUUCUUGGAAUCUUUACAGGCAGCUUGUAUUCCUGUCAUACUUAGCAAUGGAUGGGAGCUUCCAUUCUCUGAGGUCAUUGACUGGAAAAAGACAUCUAUAGAAGGAGAUGAGAGAUUAUUGUUACAGAUUCCCUCCAUACUGAGAUCAGUUAGUGAUGAGCAGAUCUUAUCUCUACGGCAGCAGACACAGUUCCUAUGGGAUGCUUACUUCUCUUCAGUUGAAAAGAUAGUAACGACAACACUUCAGAUAAUUCAAGAUAGAUUACAGAACCCAAGAUCAGCCUUCAUGUGGAAUCACCCUCCUGGUGCCCUCGCAGUAUUCACUGACUUUGCAGGAUCUCAUAGUGCAUUUCCAUUUUAUACAUCUGUACUUGGAGAAGAAGCCUGUGAGAAGUUUACAGCAGUUAUUUCUGUUUCUUCGCCGAUUCUGUCACAAUCAGCACCCGUUAUGAAGUUGAUUAAAAGUGUCUCCAAAUCUGCAUAUGCAGCACAAAUUGUUAUUUUGUGGAACGUUGAUCGACCUCUCCCCUCCAAAACAAAGUGGCCUUCCAUCAGCAUACCUCUUACGGUGGUUGAAGGAGAUAGAAAGACACCCAACAGAAGAUUUAUACCUUUGUCAGUUGUUCAAACGGAUGCAAUUCUUAGUCUUGACUGUGACACCAUCCUUUCUACAAAUGAGGUGGAGUUUGCUUUUGCUGUUUGGCGCGAUUUUCCAGAACGUAUAGUUGGUUAUCCAGCUAGAUCCCAUUUCUGGGAUGAGACAAAAUCAGCAUGGGGCUACACGUCACGCUGGAUUAAUGAGUAUUCAAUCGUACUCACCAAUACGGCUUUUUACCACAGGUAUUACAAUCAUUUGUACACAAGGUAUGCUCCAUCAUUACUGCCUGAUGAUAGCCCUGGAAGUAGCUGUGGACACAUUCUCAUGAAUUUUGUCGUGGCGCACGUGACGCACUCUCCUCCCAUCAAAGUAACACAGAAGAAACAUUACCGGGAUGUAAUGUCCAAUAAAGGGGAGGACUUGGUUCAACAGUUCAACCACAAUAUGCACUGUAUAAAUGUGUUUGUCAAAGAAUUUGGAUAUAUGCCUCUGAUUCGGUCUCAAAUGCGCCUUGACCCAGUUCUCUACAAGGACCCUGUUUCUAAUCUUAGGAAAAGAUAUCGACAGAUUGAAACUGUCGAGUCAAAACCUUGGUAAUAUCACACCAUUUUCUUAAAGCUCGUAUUAUAUUUUUUGUUUUGUUAGUAAAUUCUUAACGGUGUUUGUGUAGGAUUAUCAUUAAUGUCAAACGGUAUUUUUGUGUUAUUUCAUAUGCAUGUACUUGAAGAUAAUCCCUCUAUUGAUGAAGGAAGUGAGUCUGAAUCGAAUAGGUCAACUGACCUACGACAGUCAGGAUUGUAAUGAAAUUCCUAGAUAAGCGAACCAAUUAUUUAAAUUGUUGAAACAGACCAUGAAUAUUUCCCAUUGCUUUCUAAUUUGCUCCUAAAAAAACGAUAGGUUGAGAAAGGUCUGUUUGGUGAUUUUUGUCUGGUCAAAGUUGGCAUUCAAACUGAACAAUCUUGAGAAUUUAAAUUCUCAAACAUGUAAUCAGGGUUGUUGAGUGAGUGAUCUUAGUGUCGGUUCCAAUGUUUUGGGGCUUCGAUGAAACUCUUCAAUUUACACUAUUCCGAUGUUUGGGAAUAGCUGCAAAUUUUUCCUACUUUCAAGCUGCAAAUUGUCAUACUGGUUCCAAAUUUAAUGUUUCCACUGGUCUGGGAGAAUCUGUCGUCACAAAACAAAAACUACCAAAUUAUUAUGAAAUACUUUACUGGACUGUUAGUGAAUGCAGUCUAAAAGCAUUCCAUGAAUCAUGGCAACUGGUGCUGUCAUUUUCAAGAAAAGUGAUGUUUAUAUUUAUUUCCUGACUUUUUUCAACUACUGCCCCCCAAUUUACGAAAUUUAUUCAGUCCACAUUUAAGUUUGCAAUUGAAUCAAAUGUCCUUUAACGGGUGCAAGCUAACUAGACUGAUUCCCUGACCUUACAAUUCCACAACGUCUAAAAAUUGCUCCGUGUCAUUUAAAGUGGGGUAAAGUGAGCCAGACUUAACGUGAUUGUUUUUCUUGCUUUUUUCCAGCAUCUGCGCACACAAAACUCAAAAAAGUCUGAAACAAUAUUUGCUAUUAAGAUACUUAACCCCAAAACCAUCCAUUUCUGAAACUUACGGCAAAACCAAAUGUAUAUUCCCUUUAAUAUCAUAGGCCAAAUAACAGUACUGCUAAUGGUUCAUGCAGGAUUGUAUGUAUAAAUAUAUUAUUUUUGCACAAGUUUAAUCCGAACAUAAGCCAUAUCUUUGUGCAGUGUUUGAUUUUCACUCUUCUCUGCAUUAUUGUUUGUGCAAAAGUGUUAAUUUGGUACCAAUAAACCAUGUAUUAAAAAGUGAUUUUUUUAGAAUAUUGA